CAGACGGCACAGUUCAACAGUAAGCUGCCAGUGCGAGAAUUCAGAUCUCUGUGAGUUUUAUGCUGUUGUUGCUGCUCGGCUCCGUCUCCCCAAGUGAAAGUGUUGAUUGUCAGCAGACUGAGAGAUAUGACCGAACUAAAGGCUCCAGACAUCUACGCUGCGCUGAGAGAGCUGACCGCCUCGUUGGUUCAACUGAAGGUGGACAUGGCUACAGGUCAAGCACAGCUGAAGUCUGAAGUGGACAAGCAGAAGACUGAAGUGGACAAGCAGAAGUCUGAAGUGGACAAGCAGAAGUCUGAAGUGGACAAGCAGAAGACUGAAAUGGACAAGCAGAAGACUGAAAUGGACAAGCAGAAGACUGAAGUGGACAAGCAGAAGACUGAAAUGGACAAGCAGAAGACUGAAGUGGAAAAGCAGAAGACUGAAAUGGACAAGCAGAAGACUGAAGUGGACAAGCUGAAGCAACAACAGCAAGUCCGACAGGUUGCGUUCUCAGCCGCUUUGGUGACGACUAAAGGCCAAUCAAAUAUCGGACCCUUUCCCACGCACACUACCCUGAUCUUCAAACACGUCCCCACCAACAUCGGAAAUGCCUACAACCCAAACACAGGUGUGUUCACUGCCCCGGUGAGAGGAGCGUACCACUUUGAGUGGCAUUUCGCUGGAGACAACAGCCGUGGUUCAGCGGGUUGGUUGGUCAAGAACUCACAGAAAGUUUUCGCCGUAUACGAGCAACAGGGGACCGGUUUUCUGGGUGUUUCUAAUGGUCUUACACUGCUGCUGGAGGUGGGAGAUGUUGUGUUUGUGCGUCUGGUAGCUACCAGUGUGGUGUUUGACAACUUCAAUCACCACACCACCUUCAGUGGCCAUCUGCUGUUCCCCAUGUAAGACAGAAACAGCAGCUCUGUGAUAGUCACACAGGUUUUUGGUGUCUUAAACAAGUCUUCAUAGCACUUCAUAGAUUUAAUCUGAUUUCAUCUGCUUCCAAAUAAUAACAAGUAAUAAUUGUUAACAGGGAUCUUUUUUCCUUCAAAUUUUAAACUGGUUAAUGUUUCUGAUUCUCUCUUGUUUCUGUCAUGAUAAUCAAAUAAUAAACACAUAUCAUUGCAAUUA